CGAAUUUUAAAGUGUACACACACUGUGUACAACAAUGCUUGAGGCAUAUUGGUGGAAGAAAAGUGGAAUUAAAUAUUCUGAAAAAAAAAACUAAAAUAGAAAAUAUCAAUCUAAUUAAUAACAAAGUAAUUGCAAAGAUAUAAAUUACAAAUCAAGAGAUAAGAUAAUUGUGCAUAUAAUCAGAUUUAACAAUCAAAAUUUUCUCAUGCAAUACAUAAAGAAAGGAAUAAAUAUUCUUUGUUAAACAAUAGUUGAUGGAAAAAAGCUUUUAUACUUCAAAAUUAAACACUUCAAAGUUGAGCGUUAUAAUAAAUGUAAUGACACUUAAUUAAGAGUUGAUCGACACUCUGCUACUGUUGAGACGUUAUUGAGAUUAUUUUGGCUUGUGUUUUAUUGGCCAAAUUUAGAAUUUGUGGCGAUUCCACAUACUCCACAUACCAGCACCAAAAUAUGCGUUUCAAUAAGGCCGAAUUAGCGACUUUGGCCUCAAAUCCCACAACAAAAUUUGAAAAAGAAGGACUUUUAAUCAUAACUGAAAGACAAGAGGGUUUCUUUCGCAAAACAGAUGUUAACUAUCCUCGUUGGUGUAAAUUACGAGGCAAUUUGUUAUUCUAUCUCAAAGAUCACGAUCCACUAUCACAGCCGGUCGGUGUAUUGGUUUUAGAAAAUUGCCGUCCUUUAAUCCGAAGUGAAGAAAGGGAAUUUGACGGUUUUGUAUUUAUAUUAGAAUUCGAAGGCAGUUUACCUCAACGUAUUUCAACACGCACAGCCAAAGAACGCCUAGAUUGGGUGAAGAGCAUUCAGUUGGCUUCUUACUCUUACUUGAAUAAACAAAUACAAUAUUUGGAAGAUCAAAUAGCGAUAACUAUGGGCAAUCGCAUCGAAAAGGGUUUACCCUUAUAUGCGCCCGCCAAUGACGCUACCUUAUUGGCUGGCCUUUUAGAUUUGAACUCUGCCAAAAGUUCGAAGGCAGCAACAAACGUCGAAGAAGAUUUAUCGGAGAUACCGAUUUGUGAAUCAGCUUUAUCAUGCGAUAAUUUACCAUGUGCUGAUAAUGGUCGUCUGCCCUGCCCAAGGGUUGUGUGUGCUGUUCUCAUCUCGGGAGAUGACAUAAUUUGGCGCGAUUAUGCUCGCACCGAAAUUAUAGAAAAUUGUAAAAAUCCCCAAUUUCUGUGCACCAUAAAUUUUAGAAAUAGUGAUGGUUUUAAUGCCGAUACUCCCCUUAGAUUCACAGUUUAUGAUGUUCGAGAAAAGGUUUCCUCAACCUCGGUACCCAUCGGGUAUGCUGAAGUUGUUUUGGGUGCAAUUCAGGAUGCCACGCGAUUUCGCAUACCUUUAAGAUCUGUACAUGGUGAAUGUGGUUUCAUAAAUAUUGCCUCUUGGGCUCCAGAUACUGAUAAACAACUGCAACCUCCACCGCGGUCUACCACACAGGUGUUUGAGCAACAAACUAAAGGUCAUAGGCGAACACAAUCGUUGCCACCAAAAUUAGGAGUGAAAUUAUUUGUCCCAUUUCAAGGCAGUAUACAAAGAAUAUUCUCGAAUCCAAAGAUACACACUUAUCGGCUUAACUCCAGCCUAGGUGCAGAUAUUAGUGUUCAUGAAACAUUAAUGGAAUCAAAAUUGUGCUUUAGCAUACCACAACAAUUAUUAUCUAUUUGGAUUUUACGCGAAAAAGAAUUGCUGCAGGAAAUUUCAGGAAUGGGUGAACUGGGUGGCCAGUGGAGACGUAAGCAAAUGGAUUUACUGGACAAACAUCUAAAGCUACUAAAUGACUAUUCGCAAGCUAAACAAAAUCUACAACAACUUAUAAAGGAAGAAGGCUCUUUCUUUAAAAAAUCAUCGGUAAAAACCGAUGAAUCUUUGGAAUUUAUACCAGUGAAUUUACAUUUGCAACGCAUGUGGUCGCAGAAUGACUCUUUGAAUCGCACUGGUGUUUUGGACAUCAUGACGGUGGGAGCAUUUACUAGACAUGCCGGUAAAAUGGGAAAAACAGGAGGUUUAAUUAGACUUUUACAAGAAACCAAAGAAUCACCAUCGAAAUUUGAAGUAAGCAACAACUGUAAGGUACAAGCUGCAAAUGAUGCAGUGCAGGCUAUCAAGCAAUUACGUAAAGAGAUUGUCGAGAUCAUGUCUCAAUUGCUGACAUUGGCAAAGCAGAAAAACCAAAAGGGCAUGAUGCCUUUGUGCAAUGAAAUGGUUACAAAAACCAAAACCUUAUUAAAUAUUUGGGAGCCAAAUUUAGUAGAAGAAGCCUUUUCAUUCAUAGAACAACAUCGUAUAAUCGAAGAACCAGAUAAUGUUUUAAUGCCCAUGUCACCUUUUCGCAAGAUCACUCAACAGUUGAACGAUUUGGAACUGAAAUCACCCGAAUUAGAGGAUUUCUCCACUCCAGUUAUAGCGCCACCCGACCUAUGGCCUAGAGCAAAGACUCCAACAACAAAUAGCAACUACAAACUUGUGCGCUCUAACAGUUUGACACAGUUGAAGAAUUCACCUUCAUUGACACUGGAUAUUGAUGCCAUACACAACCUUCAGUACACAGUACGCGCUUACAAUGAACAAUUGCAAAGAAAAGCCAAACAAAAGUCCUCACAAGCCCAACAAAUAUCCCAAAGCUUUGAAGAUGAUAACGGCGAAGCCACAUUCCAAUCACUUCCAGUGAAUCUUAAUUCAAAUUUUGAGUACAACGAAAAUAAUUUUGAUGAAGAAGGCGAAGAUCAAUUGAACAAUACGUCCAUCAAACUCAUUGAUUUGGAUGAAGCACAUUCUAGUCAGGCUGGAGGAGAACGAGCAUCAAAUUGCUCCAAACCUAUUAAAACACCCCAUAGGACUGCUAAUAUGGGUGGGGAUUAUGAUUAUGAAUCAACCAACUGUUCAGUUUUUGCCUCGUCCCGCAAUGCACGAUUUUUAGACACAAGAAUGAUGAGUACUUCUCCUUCGGCCAAUUAUUAUAGGCCCACCGAAGAGCCUGAGCCUCUAGAUUUAACUCAAUUAAAUAUUGAAGCAAGUGUCAUGUGUUUAGUAAGCAAAAUCAAGUUUCUAUGCGGUCGCUGCGGUAGUCCAGCAAUACGAUUAAGGCAUCCUAAAGUGGCCAUGAAAAGGUCAGGAUUUAGCAACAACCCAAUUCCAGAUGUUGUGGACAAUGGAAAUUCUCAAACAACAUCCUGUGAUGACAGCAAAGAGGAUGCCGAACGAGGUCAUUCUCCCAAUGGAAAUAGUAAUGGAUUAAAUUUGGAUUUGACUCAGCCCAUAGUGGCAAAUGAUAAUCAGACAUCGUCUACAAGGAAGGGAAAUAAAUUUACUGAUGGUCUUGACUUGUCUCUUACUACCGAUUGGGCUUCCGAAUUGAGGCCAUCGAUGCGUAAAUUAAGACAUGCUAUGGAUGGUCUAUUGAAAACAGCUCGUCUCAUACAUUCAGUGCAACGUUUGCAGCAGAAUAUGGAUAGAAUUAGUAUAAAUCUAGAAAUCAUGUAUAGAAGAGAUGUUUGUUUCUCACAGGCGUUAACUGCACUUGUCAGUGCGUUGAUGGCUAAAUUGUGGGGCAAUGAAAUAACUCACAACUUCAUUAAAAUUCUAUGCGACUUGGGUCCUCUGGCCUACUUUGAAGGUUUACUGUCGCUGUACGGCAGCGAAAUAGACAUGUGGGGUGACAUGUGUAUAGCAAUCGAAGAUUUAUUGGCUGUGGACUUUGUGUUAGUGCGUUGUAAUUUACCAAACAACGAUCAAUCGUCCAUUCCAACGCCACGCGUAAACGGGUCUAGGCAAUCUUUAAGUAUUCAUCUACCAGUACCCGAACAUGUCUAUGCUCUUUUACCCACCAAACAAACGGUCAACUUUAAGGUAACACCAGUUUUCUUUAACAUUGGCAUCAACGAAAAGGCCACACUUGCCGAGGCUAUGGGACGCACCCGAGAGCAGCAUCGUUCCAAUUGGGACAAUUAUGUACGACUCAAGCAGUAUUAUUCACGUUUCCGCAAAUUACCUCUACAAGCACCAGAGACGCCUAGUAAGAAUGAACCCCAUAAACCAGCCUCUGAGCUAUUAUUGAAUCUUUUGAAUUUUAUGGAGGAACAACUGAAAGCCAAUGUCUCGAAAAAUGUUAAAAUUUUGCAUUUAGCCGAAGACGCCUGUCGCCUGAUGUCUGGGCUGCGUUUUACUUCCUGCAAAAGUGCCAAAGAUCGCACCGGUAUGUCCGUAACGUUGGAACAGUGUCGAGUGUUGGUACAAGAAUUUCAAUUGCCUGCAAAAAGUGUCCCAUAUGUUUUGAAUACCAUGAGGAGCGAGGGGUGCCGCAUGGAUAAUGUCUAUAAAAAUAUUGAUAAACGUAAAUAUGCUUUCAAUUUGCCUCAAGUUUUAAGUUUGCCAGCCAUGUAUAGGCCACCGGUUGGAGCUUAUGGCAAGGCAGAAACUUAAAGUGAAACAUUACGAAAUCUCCCUCAAACUAGUUCUUAACUGAAAAUGUUUAUGAUGAAAUUACGCUUAAAACCAACAUUUUAAAGCACGUGUACUUUUAGUUUUAAACAAUCACAUACAUUUAGAUUUAAAUCUAAAUUUAAGGAUAAAAUGUUGUUACAGUGUUGCAUAUUCAAAAUUUGGUUGACCUGUUUAUACAACAUUUUUUGUUUUUAAUUUUUGUUAAACACUUUUAUGUAAAAAUUUUAAUUUAUUGUUAAACUAUUUUAAUUUAUAAAAACUACUCUACAAUACUUUUUUUUAUUGUUUUAAACAUAAUUUUAAAUGUUUUUAACGAAAACGUUUGUGCCAAAUAUUUAAUACCAAUUAUAAAAUGUUAAAAAUAUACAAAUAUGUAUUAAAUCUCAUGAUUUCCGGGUUAAUGAAAAUAAAAAAUAAUAAAAAUCUAAUACAAUUAUAAAAAUAUACUCA